AUGCGGCAUCUCACAGAUAACUACCUCGCAACGGAGGUGGGGUCCUGCACCCUCGUGUGCCCCCAGAACAGCCAGGAGGUCACAGUCAACAACGUCCAGAAAUGCGAGAAGUGCAGCAAACCCUGCCCGGAGGUGUGCUACGGGCUGGGAGUGGAUUUCCUCAAGGGUGUCCGCGCCGUGAAUGCCUCCAACAUCCAGCACUUCGCUGGCUGCACCAAGAUCUUCGGCAGCCUGGCCUUCCUGCCCGAGACCUUCGCUGGGGACCCCAGCACCAACACGCCGCCCCUGGACCCCAAACUGCUGCGGAUCUUCGAGAGCCUGGAAGAGCUGACGGGCUUCCUCUACAUCGCCGCCUGGCCACCCGAUUUGCAGGACCUGGGCGUCUUCCAAAACCUGCGGGUCAUCCGGGGCCGCGUGCUGCACAACGGCGCCUACUCGCUGACGCUGCGGGACCUGGCGGUGCGGGCGCUGGGGCUCCGUGCCCUGCAGGAGAUCAGCAGCGGGAUGGUGCUCGUCCACCACAACCCCCAGCUCUGCUUCCUCCAGAAGGUGCCGUGGGGCAGCAUCUUCCGUAACCCCCGCCAGCGCCUCUUCCAGACCCACAACAAGCCCCCUGAACAGUGCGAGAGCGAGGGGCUGGUCUGCUUCCACCUCUGUGCCCACGGGCACUGCUGGGGCCCCGGUCCAACCCAGUGCGUCACCUGUGAGCGGUUCCUGCGCGGCCAGGAGUGCGUCGCCUCCUGCAACCUCCUGGACGGAGCCGUCCGGGAGCACGCCAACGGGACGCGGUGCCUGCCCUGUCACCCCGAGUGCCAACCCCAGAACGGCACCGAGACCUGCUUCGGAUCGGGGGAAGCCCAGUGCGUGGCUUGCGCCCACUACAAGGACGCGCAGCAGUGCGUGCGGCGCUGCCCCAGCGGGGUGAAGGCGGACGCCUCCUUUGUGCCCGUCUGGAAGUACCCGGACGAAGACGGCGUCUGCCAGCUCUGCCCCACCAACUGCACCCACUCGUGCACAAUCCGGGAUGAGGACGGCUGUCCCGUGGACCAGAAGCCAAGCCAGGUGACGUCCAUCAUCGCCGGCGUGGUGGGGGCUCUGCUGGUUGUCGUCCUCCUGCUCAUCACCGUCGUCUGCGUCAAGCGCCGGCGGCAGCAGGAGCGGAAGCACACCAUGCGGCGCCUGCUGCAGGAGACCGAGCUGGUGGAGCCGUUGACGCCCAGCGGGGCCCUCCCCAACCAGGCUCAGAUGCGGAUCUUGAAAGAGACGGAGCUCAAAAAAGUGAAAGUCUUAGGCUCCGGCGCUUUCGGCACCGUCUACAAGGGCAUCUGGAUCCCCGACGGGGAGAGUGUGAAGAUCCCAGUGGCCAUCAAGGUCUUGCGAGAGAACACGUCGCCCAAAGCCAACAAGGAAAUCCUGGACGAGGCUUACGUGAUGGCAGGGGUGGGCAGCCCCUACGUGUCCCGGCUGCUGGGCAUCUGCCUGACCUCCACGGUACAGCUGGUGACACAGCUGAUGCCCUACGGCUGCCUUCUGGACUAUGUGCGGGAGAACAAGGACCGCAUCGGCUCCCAGGACCUGCUCAACUGGUGUGUGCAGAUCGCCAAGGGGAUGAGUUACUUGGAGGAGGUGCGGCUGGUGCACCGGGACCUGGCUGCUCGCAAUGUCCUCGUCAAGAGCCCCAACCACGUCAAGAUCACCGACUUUGGGCUGGCCCGGCUGCUCGACAUCGAUGAGACCGAGUACCACGCUGACGGCGGCAAGGUCCCCAUCAAGUGGAUGGCGCUGGAGUCCAUCCUCCGCCGGCGCUUCACGCACCAGAGCGAUGUCUGGAGCUACGGUGUCACCGUGUGGGAGCUGAUGACCUUCGGGGCGAAACCCUAUGACGGCAUCCCUGCCCGGGAGAUCCCCGACCUGCUGGAGAAGGGCGAGAGGCUGCCGCAGCCGCCCAUCUGCACCAUUGACGUCUACAUGAUCAUGGUGAAAUGCUGGAUGAUCGACUCCGAGUGUCGGCCCAAGUUUCGGGAGCUGGUCACCGAGUUCUCCCGCAUGGCCCGGGACCCCCAGCGCUUUGUGGUCAUCCAGAACGACAUGGUCGGGCUGCCCGGCUCCAUCGACAGCACCUUCUACCGGGCCCUGCUUGAGGAGGAGGACAUGGAUGACCUGGUUGAUGCUGAGGAGUACCUGGUCCCUCACCAGGGCUUCUUCAGCGCCGAGACCUCCACCACCUACCGCAGCCGCAUCUCCUCCACACGGAGCACGGCGGAGACCCCGGCCGACGUGGAGGAGGGCGAGGGCUUGGCCGCCUUCCCCUUCCCCCCCCAGGGCCUGGCAGAGGGUCCGGAGAGCCCCGUGCCGGAGGUGCCAGAGGGGGACGGCGGCGUCAAGGCGGCCCUGCAGAGCCCGUCGGUGCGGGAGCCCAGCACCCUGCCACGGUACAGCGAGGAUCCCACCGGGCUGACGGCCGAGGAGAGCGAGGGCCUGGACCCCGAGGGCUUCACUGCCCCGGCCCCCCGCACCGUCAUGCCAGAGUACGUGAAUCAGGCCGGGGAGCGGCGGUCCCCACCCCGGCACCCCCGUGCACCCCCAUCCCCGCCAGACAAGCCCAAAGGGCACCAGGGUAAGAACGGGCUCAUCAAGGAAGCCAAGCACCCUUUCCCGGGACCCUUCGGCCAUGCUGUGGAGAACCCCGAGUACCUGGCACCCCCUGGCCCGCCUGUCCCCAGCCCCUUCAGCCAGGCCUUCGACAACCCCUACUACUGGAACCAGGACCCCCCCAAGACCGGUGGUCCUGAGGGCGGCCCCAGCACGACGUCCACAGCCGAGAAUCCCGAGUACCUCGGCCUGGCCGGACCUGACGACACGGCCGCGUAG